AUGGUAGCUAUUCUAGAGAGAAUAGCAGUCUAUUCAGCGCGGCGAGGGAGAUACACAGCUGUGGUAUCAGGUCCCGACGGCGGUUUAGCUGAUAUCUGGCUGUUCUUUCGGCCACAAACCACACGAUACGAAGAUCAACCGCUUAAGCUAGUUAACUACCAGCCAGGGGGGGAAGAAGGGAGAAGAGGAGGAAGCAAAAAGGAAGAAGAGAAAAGAGAGAAGAAGACGCCGAAGAGAGACGGCGGCCUUUAUAAAAACGAUGCUCAGGCGAAGAUGAUUGAAGGCAAAGGCCUCCUCACAUGA